UGAUAAAACCCGCAGGCUGUUCACAAUGUUGCAUAUCACUAACUGAUUAGCUACAAAAAUGUUGGGGGGGGAGAAUUUUAUCAAGGUUAGUCUCAGCAGGACACUUGGAAAUGUCUAGAAUGUGAAGUAUCUUUGCAAUGCAGUGAAAUACAACUAGAUAAGUAACAAACUCCACUUUCCACACCAAGUUUUUGUGUCAGAGGAUGAUCACAUUCCCUAUGGGUGUAUCUUUGGCACUGUAAAUACUUUGUAAACAUGUUGCUGUCCAUAAAAUAACAUUCGAAACCACAGAACGGUAGACUGUCCAUCUCCAGGCGUGAGAAGUGUCUGAGGCCAGUUAUUACAGCCUCAAUAGAGUCCCAAUAAAAUAUCAUGAAUGUUCUGCAGCUCAGAAUGACCAUCUGUGGUAGAAAAAUAUCAAAAUAGGAACAUUAGUUUCUGGACAUUAGAAUGUUAGGUCUGGCAUUAGUUAUUACACAAUUCUAACGAAUCCAUCAAUUUCAAAUAUUUUGUGAUUUUGUUUUUCUGUGUUUGUGAAAUUAGUUCCAGUCACAUUCAUCAAUUUACUUGCAGACAUUAAAGGAUGUCUUAGGUCCAGAUAUCCAUGCUAAGAAUUUUGGAAAAAUCCAUUUGGUCCAGUUUGGUUCUGACGGCUUGUUUGGAUGGAUUCCCACACAAAUUGAUCUGAUUAAUCAGCUUCUCACAGAAGCACCAGUGCCUCACAAUGCACACCUUAGAAAGAGGAAAGAUACUGAUGAAGACGAUGGAGACCAGAACGUUCUCCCUCGAAUCCCCAACCCAAUUGUUUGUCUUACUUCCAAUGACAUGCUGAUUUUCCAGCUCACCAUCAAUCACACUGACCGGCGUUUGAGCCACUUCCCAGUGUAUCAGAAAGACCACCUGUUCAACAGCAACCCCAGCUGGGACUUUGGUGCCUUCAGACAUUUACAGAUCCUUAUGAAGCAGACACACUUCAACUCCAGCAGGUUUGCCCAUGUGUUCACCGACACGGGCAAGUAUGUGUUUGUGGACAGUGCUGUCCCAGACUGGAGUAUGGUGGUAGUGGUCAGCGGGGAGGGCACAGAGUGUGAUCCCAGGGCUGCUGUGUUCCAACCCAUGACCCCAGUCCAGUUGGUCAGACACGGGAUUGUAAAGAAGCACAGACUGAACCUUCUGCCUGACUGGGGAGUGAUACUGGGAAUUCUGAUUCUGCUGCUGGUUCUGGUGGUGGUUCUCACCACCACAGUGCUGGUGCUGCGUCCCCACAAAGCCAAGCUGGUGUCUCAGUGGAGAAUAAAACCAAAGUGGCGGAGUCUUGGGGAGCCUUUUUGUGUGGUGCAGUGUGUCUGCAAUGGCGACAGCAUCGCUGCUUCAAACACAGGAGCUGUACUUGGAUGUAGGGGUGAAGGUGAGGGGUUAGAAGCUGAGGAACCUGCAAUUUUCAAAGGCAACGUGCCAGGGCUCUGUGUUUUGGAGGAGUUUAAUGUGAAAACGCUGUAUGACAAACUAGAGGAUCAGAACCUCCACAUAGCCUCGCAACUGGCCCGGCACCGCAAAGAUGUGCAGGAGUUCUACAGAAACAUCUGCAACCAAACUGAGACACUCAAGAACUUACUGGAGAACAUGGAUCACAAAAAACUGAGUCUGCUUAAAGAGCUGCUGGUCCAUAAUAAACUGAAGAAAAAAUCGUCCAGCCACAGUGACGAGGACAGAGACACGCAAGCUGAGGCCUCCACAGCUUUACUGGAAACUGUUCUCAGAUCUGUGGAAGCCCUUCUCUGCAGACUGACAGAAGAACCCUGGCAGAACCAGGACAUGACCGGGCUGCCGUGCGUUCACACUGUUCCACCUGACGCCACACAGGUAUAAGGACGUGUAGUUUCUAGCAUAUAUUAAAAACAUAUUUUAGGGCUGUCCAUAUUUUAACGCAUUUCAACACAUGGGCAGAAUGAGGAGACAGCUUAGCUGUCUACAGUACCUGCUGUUGUUUGUCUUUCUGUUCCAGCAAAAUACAGAACAUUUCAUAUUUAAGUUUUUUUAAUAACCUUUAUUAAUCAUGAAUAAUUGUCAUUAAUCGCAAUUACUUAAAUUCAAAAGUGUUAUCAUGUGACAAUGACAAAUGUGUAUAAUCUUCUGUUUGAGCUUCAGUUUUUACCGAUGAAUAUGAACAAGACAGAAGCAGUUCUGCCCU